CCGACUCAUCCUCCUCAUCCUCACCUCAUCCUUAACGCGAGCGAACAAUAGAGUACACGCUGCCGGCAGGGCCUCGGCUCCUCUCUCAGGAUUAUCAACACAAAUCAAACGAUGAACAACAUCGACCUCACAUCAGACAUCUAACGCGACGGAUUACACGGAGACUGAUAAUCAUUUGUGUUUAAUAAUCGGGUAAAAAUGGCGAACGACUCGCCCGCGAAGAGCCUGGUGGACAUAGACCUCGCCUCUCUGCGCGACCCUGCUGGCAUCUUUGAGCUGGUGGAAGUGGUCGGCAAUGGCACAUACGGACAAGUAUAUAAGGGUCGUCAUGUGAAAACCGGACAGCUGGCAGCCAUUAAAGUAAUGGACGUGACUGAAGAUGAAGAAGAGGAGAUUAAACUGGAGAUUAACAUGCUGAAGAAAUACUCGCAUCACAGGAACAUUGCCACAUACUAUGGAGCCUUCAUAAAGAAAAGCCCGCCAGGACACGAUGACCAGCUGUGGUUGGUGAUGGAGUUUUGUGGUGCUGGUUCUAUAACAGACCUGGUGAAAAACACCAAAGGAAAUACACUAAAGGAAGAUUGGAUUGCCUAUAUCUCUAGGGAAAUCCUCAGGGGUUUGGCCCACUUGCACGCUCAUCAUGUCAUCCACAGAGACAUUAAGGGCCAAAAUGUUCUGCUGACCGAAAAUGCAGAAGUAAAAUUAGUGGACUUUGGUGUUAGCGCCCAGCUUGAUCGAACCGUUGGCCGGAGGAAUACUUUCAUUGGAACACCAUAUUGGAUGGCUCCGGAGGUCAUCGCCUGUGAUGAAAACCCAGAUGCUACCUAUGACUACAGGAGUGAUUUGUGGUCGUGUGGGAUCACAGCUAUUGAGAUGGCUGAGGGAGCUCCUCCAUUGUGUGACAUGCAUCCGAUGCGAGCUCUCUUCCUCAUCCCGCGAAAUCCUCCACCCAGACUGAAGUCAAAAAAAUGGUCAAAGAAGUUCUUCAGUUUCAUUGAGGGCUGUCUGGUGAAGAACUACACGCAGAGGCCGCCCACCGAUCAGCUCCUGAAGCAUCCCUUCAUCAGAGACCAGCCCAAUGAGAGACAAGUGCGAAUCCAGCUGAAGGACCACCUCGAUCGCUGCCGCAAGAAACGGGGCGAGAAAGAUGAGACUGAAUAUGAAUACAGUGGCAGUGAGGAAGAGGAGGAGGAAGCUCAGGAGCAGGAGGGGGAGCCCAGCUCUAUAGUGAAUGUCCCGGGUGAGUCGACUCUGCGGCGAGACUUCAUUCGUCUUCAGCAGGAGAAUAAAGAACGUUCAGAGGCCAUGAGAAGACAGCAGCUCCUCCAGGAGCAACAGAUGCGUGAACAGGAGGAGUACAAGCGCCAACUUCUGGCCGAACGACAGAAACGCAUUGAGCAACAGAAAGAGCAGCGCAGACGACUGGAGGAGCAACAGAGACGUGAGCGAGAGAUGAGGAGACAGCAGGAGCGAGAACAGAGGAGGAGAGAGCAAGAGGAGAAGAGACGCAUUGAGGAGAUAGAGAGGAGACGCAAAGAAGAGGAGGAGCGGAGGAGGGCAGAGGAAGAGAAAAGGAGGGCUGACCGCGAGCAGGAAUACAUUCGUCGGCAGCUGGAGGAGGAACAGCGCCACUUGGAGAUUUUACAGCAGCAGCUUUUGCAUGAGCAGGCUAUGCUUCUGGCGGAUGAGCGUCACAGAAGAAAUGUUCAGGGUUCUCCUCAGGCCGCUGCAGUGCAGAAACAACCGCCUGCAGUCCCAAAACUACCGCCUGCAGUCCCGAAAUUACCGCCUGCAGUCCCACCACGCUCAGAACCGUCCUUCUCCAAUGGUAGCGCUCCUGAACCGAGCCACCGACCCAGUGAUCCACAGGAUUUGACUGCGCUGGCCAAAGAACUGCGUGCUGUGGAGGAUGUGAGGCCCCAGCACAAGGCCACAGAUUACUCCUCCUCCAGUGACGACUCUGGAACCACAGAUGAUGAAGAUGAUGAGGAAGUGGACCAAGAGGCCGGUGAAGACUCCACGUCCGGUCCAGAGGACUCGCGCGGAGGUUCGUCUAGACUCAGUAAUGGCGAGACGGAAGCAGCGAAGACGAUGGUUGUCCAGGAUGAUGACGUCUCUUCUACGCCGUGCAAAGACAGCACAUUAGUCGUACGACAGUUCCAGAGCUCAGGGGGUCUAAAACAGUGUCUGGCAAUGUGGGGUUCAGGGUGGGAAGCAGCUUCUAAACCCAGUCGUGUAGGGAUUCAGGAAAGAAAUCACCUUCUGCCCGACCUGCUCCAGCAGAGUCACCCCUCACCCUCCUCCUGCCCCAGCAGCCCUGCUCUGAUCCCCCUCAGCCCCUCGGACAAACCUGCAUGCCUGACAGAGACACCCACCGUGCCGAAGCACAAGUCUUCCUCCUCGUUCACCCCCUUCAUUGACCCGCGUCUCCUCCAGAUUUCUCCGUCCACAGGCAGCGCUCUCAAUAACGCUGGUUACAGCAACGAUGCUCGACUACAGGAAGCCCUGCGUCAGGACGCUUCUCGUAAGGGCUCCGUGGUCAACGUCAAUCCCGUUAACACCAGACCACAGAACGACACUCCAGAGAUCCGCAAAUACAAGAAGAGGUUUAACUCUGAGAUCCUGUGUGCUGCCCUCUGGGGUGUAAAUCUGUUAGUUGGAACAGAGAGCGGUCUGAUGUUACUGGAUCGCAGCGGUCAGGGAAAAGUUUAUCCUCUCAUCAGUCGCAGACGCUUUCAACAGAUGGAUGUUUUGGAGGGACUUAAUGUACUGGUGACAAUAUCAGGGAAGAAGAAUAAAUUGCGCGUUUACUAUCUGUCCUGGCUGAGGAACAAGAUUCUCCACAACGAUCCCGAGGUGGAGAAGAAACAAGGCUGGACCACCGUAGGAGAACUUGAGGGUUGUGUGCACUACAAAGUUGUGAAGUACGAAAGGAUCAAGUUUUUGGUUCUGGCCCUGAAAAACUCUGUAGAGGUUUACGCCUGGGCUCCCAAACCCUACCACAAAUUCAUGGCUUUCAAGUCGUUUGGUGAUCUGGUGCACAAGCCACUGCUGGUGGAUCUGACUGUAGAAGAAGGUCAAAGGUUAAAGGUCAUCUACGGAUCGUGCUCUGGGUUUCAUGCGGUGGAUGUGGACUCUGGAGCUGUUUAUGACAUCUAUCUUCCCACUCAUAUUCAGACCAGCAUUCAGUCCCACGCCAUCAUCAUCCUGCCCAACACUGAUGGUAUUGAACUGCUGGUGUGUUAUGAAGAUGAAGGCGUGUAUGUCAACACCUACGGACGCAUCACCAAAGAUGUGGUGCUUCAGUGGGGCGAGAUGCCCACCUCUGUCGCUUAUAUUCGCUCUAACCAGAUCAUGGGAUGGGGAGAGAAGGCUAUAGAAAUCCGCUCGGUAGAGACCGGACACCUGGAUGGAGUUUUCAUGCACAAAAGAGCGCAAAGACUCAAGUUCCUGUGUGAGAGAAAUGACAAGGUUUUCUUUGCCUCUGUGCGUUCCGGAGGUUCCAGCCAGGUCUACUUCAUGACUCUGGGUCGCACCUCUUUGCUCAGCUGGUAAUGGUGACAUCAUCCUUAUAGGACUGCGCUCCACAGACGGGAACACGAAGAUCCGAACAUCAGAAGCCGAACAUCGCGGCCUGAGGCCGGGCGACACACGAUCACAGCCUGUUGAAUGACUGACAAACUGGACUACACAAUUGUGAUUAGGCCAAAUGUGUCCUUGUGCAGCGUUCUGCAUGGGGAACGGUUUGAGUAUCCUACAGUAUUAUUGCUAGUCUGUGUAAAUCUGUGUUCUUCUCUAGUAUUGAGUAGAUUCAUCUGACCCGUCUGACAGGAGCCGCAGUGUUUCUGGCAGACAGUCACUAAUAGUGCUAUGGCAAUGAAGAAACACUAAAGAAAUAAAUGGCUUGUUUUGUAAUUUAUUUUCAAAUGUUUAUGCAUUUUAUUUAUUUCAGUUUUUUUCUCUCGUUAAAUUUGUUUUCAUAACCAGAGUAGUUGAAGAAAUGUGGGGUCAUGUGACAGAAGUGUGGCAAGGCAAGGGAUGUUUUGUUGUUUUUUACAUCAUGUUAUAAUGAAUUCUUCGUGUUAAAAGAAAACUGAGAACAGUUGGCUUGAAUUUUUCUCCAGAUUAAAUGUGAAUCUAAUUUGGAUUUAAUGUGAAUCUAAAGUGGAUUUAAUGUGGACUGUCUUGUGGCAGAAUGUGCAGGACACUUUGUUGCCUCUUUUCUCACGUCUCUUUUCCUCUUCUCACAUUAAGAUAAAUCCAUAUGAAUUUUCUUCUUCUUUAUGAUGUUUAACAAGAAUCUAAAGGUAGUGACUUUAUUUUUUGAAUAUACACCUUGAUGGCUUGUUAGCUAAGCGUCAUUAUAUAUUAUUGGCCAGUGUUCUGGUUCGUCUGGGGAUUCGUACCUUCACAAACUGAGCUUGUUAUCAUCCCUGUAAUGUGUAAUGUUCUGUCUGACACUUUUCUAUGCUGUCUCUUUAUUGAUCAUCUAACACAACAUGUUGGGGAACCUUUAUAAAUUUACCUUAAAAUCUUAAAAUUUCUCCUUACUUCACUUAUAGUAACCAUUCCUCUAACAGCCCACCCUCACCAUUCAUAAUGAAGACCAUCAGUUACCUGAUUAUGACCAUUAUUAUGCUAGGGAAUGAUAUAAAUCUGAUGCUUUAUCAAAAGGAUGACUUCUCAUUGUUCAAUUAUGAUUGAUAACGACAGUACUGAAGUAUUAAAUGACUGAAAAGGUUUCUGGGGUUUACUCUUUGAAGUUAGCUCAUUUCAUGACUAAUGCAAUUAAUUUAGGUUUUUAUUGGCUGUUUUCUGUUUAGUUGCCUCACGUCUUCUCUCCCUACCUACCUACAAUAUUUAUACACUCUGUGUUGUGAUCAUUUGUAUUUUGAAUAGUAACUUAAUCUUUAAGUAAGAUAAUCAAUUCUUAUAUCUGAUUUGUGACGGAGAUAUUCAGAAAUUGGCAAAAGCUAAAACUGCUUUGGCUCUUUUUUGUGUUAUCAAAGAAAACGAUCAAUUGUAUAGUUUCUGUUUUGCAAUAUCUUUGUUUCCAUCACAGUAGUGACCUGAAAUUAAAACGGUAACCUUUUACAGAUGUCUCAUUUAUUAUAAAGCGAAUGCAUUGGUUAACGUGAGCUAACAAUGAACAAGAGCUUUUACAACAAUUGUUUCUCCAUAUUUUUUCCGUUGUGCAUUAACCGUUUACAGAAGCUGCAUUUGCACACUGUAUUUAAAUAUGUUUUGGUAAAUGAUGAAAUGAAGUGCUGUACAAGUACUGUUCAUUGUUAGUUACUGUAGUUAACUAAUGCUAACAAAUUGAACCUUAUUGUAAAUUGAGACCAAAUAAAUAAGAUCUAAAGAAGCAAAGUUUCGCAGUUUAUUAUUUGUUUUAAGAUUACAGACUUUUUGUAUUCAACUUUGUUUUUACCCUAAUUCUUGUUCAUUAAGAAUAACAACCGAGCUGGUGUUUUUUCAGCACUGCUUUGACUUUCUGAAUAUGUGAGCUGACUGGUUUUCUGUUCAGUGGUGGCACUGUAUUGUAUGUCCUCAAUAUAUGGCAGAAAGUCCUGUUUUCCUGAUGGUCCAUUGUUUUUCUUUAAAAUAAACUCGGUUUAAGGAUUGUUGCCCAUGUUUCUAAUAAAACUAAUGUAUAAUA